UUGAGCAUGGCGUGUGCUAUGCUCCUUCUCACCAUCUCUGGCCUGCUGUUCAUUUCUCCUUCCUAUGCCCGGAGAAAGUCCCCUCCUCGGGAGAAUCCCAUUGAUAAGAUCCUCGCCCAGGCAGACUUCAACCCCAGCCAGUUUGCUGGAAAAUGGUACCUUGUUGGAGUAGCUUCCAGGUGUGGGUACCUGAGAGACAACAGCCACAGGCUGGAACCGGUGAACAUCAUGGCAUCCGUCAUCAGCACGGCACCUCAGGGAUCCAUGUUGAUCAACACGUUCCGCCCAUCGGAUGGCAUUUGUUGGAAUAUCAGGCAGGUCUAUUCCCCUGCUGGGACUCCAGGCAGAUUCAUCUUGAGAGAUCGUGGCCGUCCGGUUGACAUCGUAAUUGGGGAGACUGAUUACAGGAGCUACGCCAUCGUCUUCUAUCAGAAGUCCCGACAGAUCUCUGUGAAGCUUUAUGGACGCAACAUCCAGACCAGUGAUUCUAUCGUGGCUAAAUUUGAGCAGCUUGUGACUGGUGUGGGGCUGAGUGAGGACCUCACGUAUUACUUCCCCACUUAUGGGUUUUGUGACUCCGCUGACCAGUUUCACAUCUUAGAUGAGACUAAAUAUACAGGCGUAUAACACAUUCUGUGGACCAGGGCAGCUGACUGCAGAAGGCUCAGCCGGAG